GUCCAUCUCUCCAUGCCCGCCAACUCGCACUGUCCGCUACCUGGCCUUGCCGUCCACGAUGACCUGGCCCAUGCCUAUCUUCAGCCGCUUCAGGCCAUUCAAUGAGCUACGCAGCUAUUACCCUCGCCCGACCUCGCUUGGUCCUGCAGCAUGACGCAUCCCAACCUCGAGCUGAAUCGUCACGAAUAUGCUAGGGCGAUCCAGCCUAUGGUAGCUCCGUGUGCCGGUGCUCAACGGCUUCGAUUUGGCUUUAAAGAAUCUUUGGAUGAGUCUACUUCAAGCGAGGUUGGCGAGAGCCUUUCUUGCUUAAAGACAUGCCUGAUCUUCGUUGAUGUUUCUGCCUCACGUCAAUCUGUCAUCUUACUGUCCUGAUCUGCAAAUGUCGGCAACACUAUGGCUGCUGGACGCACCAACGUCUUCUUCGUGCCAUAUAGGCCUCAUUCCAAAGCGCCAAAGCCGGCCUCGGGUGAACCUGCCAUCUCUCAGCAGAAACAUGCUGCCCGCGAAUACCACCGAAAAGCCAAGCUUGAGCGUCUCGCUAAGAUAAACGCCAUACAUAACCGCGAUGCACGCAGCUCCAGCGAAGAUCCUCAGCCUGAUGCCUCUUCGCGACCACUGUUGCUGCGAGACAAGACCUUCCCAAACGACGAUGACAGCAACAGGACUUUUGCUGUGUUUGAUGUCGGCACUGGCAUAUUUGAUCCCUUCAAUGCUUCCGUUCCUAGCGGGGUACCCUCGUAUGCGCUCGACAUUCUAGACUAUGGUCGCUCGAAUCUGGCAUCUGGCAUCGCCCUUUGUCUAGCGCACUAUCCCGUUGCACAGGAAACUGCAAAUACUUCACCUAACCAAACGUCAGCUGCUUCGAAACAAUGGAGAAUACUCGGCCCCUCCAGAAACAUCCUCUCAGAUGGAGCUAUCAAAACCGCCGUGUUGGCAUGUGCAAUGCAUUCUCCCGCCACGUUCUGGUCAAUCAUUUUUGCAGGCGCAACCCAUGACGCCUAUCUUCAGGGCGAAGCAGACACCCCCAGUCGCAACCGAACGUUACGUUUGUCAUACAAGACUCAAGCCAUCAGGGAGCUGAACCGUGAAAUUCAAGAGCUUCAAGGCCCGGCUUCUGACGAGCUUCUUCUCGCCAUCGUCACACUAGCAGCUCAUGGGUCUGGCGAGCAAGUAGAUCCCCCUUCACAGGAAGAAAAUCUAAGCGCAUUACAAUCGGUCCAGAGUUUUCAGUAUUAUGGCCGCAUGCAAAAGGAGGCGGCACAUUUGAAGGCUAUCUGUCAUUUGGUGUAUCAGAAAGGAGGCCUACACACCGUGAAAAUGCCCGGACUGGCGAAUGCCCUUGCGUUGGCCGAUAUCUUCUAUGCUUUCCAAGACAUGCGCGUGCCUGCUUUCCCACUGUUGGCGCCAACAAGUUUGAUCAUGUCGACAUGGCCUCAAACUCCCACCGGUCUGGCCCCGUCUCUCCAGAAUUUGACGAGUGGUUUCCAAGACUUUGGGGAUAUUGUCGGCUUUGCUCCAUUGUUGCAGGUUGUCAACAACGCUCGCCUGAUUACUAUCGGAUUCGACGCCUAUCUAUCCGGCCACCCUUCAGCACCGUCCCUCGAUCAGAUAGUCUGGGCCAGAAACUUCAUGACGCACGACCUACUCUCCCUCCCGCUGGCGCUCCCACUUCCAUACCUUCGCCAUGGUGCUGCACAAAUGCAUGACGGCGGCAGCUCGAGCAUCAUGACCCACAGUUCCCCCUUACACUCAUUAUACGAUCUUGUCCGCCUAUCGACAAUGGCAUAUACACUCCUAGUGCUCUUCCCUGUGCCCAGCGUCGCAGCUAUCCAUGGUAAACUGACGCGGGAACUCAUGCUGGCGCUAGAUGACUGCACUGUGCUGGAACUCUGGACCACGCAUUCGAGACUGUUGCUUUGGAGUACGGUCCUGGGAGGGAUCGUUGCAAAGGACACAAGUCUGAGGCCGUGGUUCGCGGAGAUGAUUAGGCAAGCCAGGACGAAGAUUCCCAGCCUGGCACUCAUGGACUCAAGGAGCAGGAGCAGGAGCAGGCAUUCGAGCUACAAUUCGAGUCCGUCCAGCGAGGACGGCACGCAAGGAGAGUCAGGUGUGUUGUGGACGGUAGUGAAAGACAUCUGCUUCCGAUACCUCUGGUUUGACGGUACCGAAUGUGAGGGUCUAGGCCGAAUGUUUUGGCAAGAAGCGUGCGACAACGCGCAGCUUCGCACGAUGAGCUAGUCGUGAUAAUCAUCCCGAGUCAAUAUGCUCUCUGUCUUGCGGUGUAGCGAUUCAGUUCCCGGGGCUCAACAUAGAUUAUGUAUGAGAUGCAGCACAGGGUGAUUCUAUCAAGCAUUGGCAUGUCCCAAACAAAAAGCCACCUUCAACGGAAAAGAAGGCUAGUCUAUGGAGGUGCAUUUUUAGUAGCAUGACCAUUCGGUGUCCUAUUAAAUGCCAG